UAAUAUUUUACUUUGUUUUUGUAGUUGUUGUUGUUAUAUGUGUUCUUUUUCAUUACUCGUUAAUGACAGUAUGUUAAGAACGUGGGUAAUGCAUGAGCAAUGAAAUCCUGUUUAUUUGGCAUAACCAUCAAAGAUCAUUCUGCUGUCUUCAUCAUUUAUGAACAUGAAACGCUUGCUCAACACGUGAAAGACUGUCAUGACGUCACUCCUUUGUUUCCACAGCACACUGGUUUGAAUAUUGGACUUCAUUUAAAUAAUGGAAGUGAAGAUGAUGGGAAACACAACUUCAAACGAACAGAAGUUUCACAUCACUGAAAACACAUCUUCAAGCAAUCGAACGUUUCAAAUUCUCUGGUAUAAUCCCCCUGCUUUUAUACGAGUUUAUCGCAAAGACGUCAUGUAUUGUGGAUUUGCCAAAUGCGAGUACCGCAAUUGCAAUAUGACCUUUAACAAACUAGAAGCAAAUAAUAGCCAAGCAGUUAUAUUUGAUGGUCAGAACAUGCCAAGAAAACUUGAUUUUACUCGUCCAAAUGGUCAAGUUUGGAUUUUUGAAGCUCACGAAUCUCCUUUUUCAUACGGAGCAAAUGGUAAUUGGUGGUAUAGAAAUAAAGAAUACUCAUUUAACUGGACAAUGACCUACAACAAGGAUAACACAGACAUAUUUCUACCUUAUGGAGAAAUACUUAGACACAAACGUGCGAUGAGAAAGGACUUUAAAUCCAUCGCUAAAAAUAAAAAUCGAACACUAUUAAUGAUAGCAUCACAUUGCCAUACGCAUUCGAAACGACAGGAAUAUGUUAACAUUUUACGGAAGUAUAUUGAUGUAGAGGUUUUGGGACAUUGCGGUGAAAAGUGGACCUGUGGAGCGCGCUAUAAACAUGACGAAAACUGUUUUCAGCUUCUAAAUACAACUUUCAGAUUUUAUCUAGCAUUUGAGAAUGCUUUAUGCCAUCAAUAUUUUACAGAAAAGUUCUACGAAAACUUCAAUUAUGAUUUAAUUAUGUUGACACGUGGUGGUAGCCCUGGAGAAGCAAAGCAACAUUUUCCUGUAGGAACACACAUAGCAACAGAUGACUUUAAGACUGUCAAGGAUCUUGGAAACUUCUUAAAGAACCUUAGUGUUGAUGAAUAUGCUGAUCUUCUACAGAAAAAGAGUCAAUACUAUUCUCCAGGGUAUUUGAAGGUCUAUCAAAGAGCGAUGUGUAAUAUAUGUGAAAGAAUGAAUUUCAUGAACAAAUAUAGAAAAACUAUAAAAGAUAUUCAAAAGUGGGCAUUUGGAACUCGCCCUUGCCUGCAAUCGAAAGAUGUUACAGAUAUUAAGUAAUUAUUAUGUUCCUUUCUUUUUGAAGAUUAUUUAUAGGUUAUUAUAUUUGUUUCUAGAAAUAUGCACGAGUUCUGAAGCGGAAAUAUUGCGCGACUUUAGGAACGUAAUAUUAUUCCGCGAAUGAACGAAUAUAUCGUCGUUAAAAAACUUUUAAACGUGACGACAUGCAUGAAAAUAACGUCACAAAUAAGGUCACGCACCCGAUAUGAUACUGGAAUGUCAAUAAAAUGUUUAUGUUUCAGGUUCCUCUGUAGAUUAACGGGGUGUAUAAUUGAGCUUGUGAUAAAAUAUGUAUUGCAUACUAGUAAUAGUGGUUAUUCUUAUUUCUUUCACAAAAAUAUUUGAAAAAAAAAACAAAUAAAAUAGUCCGUAUUGACGUAGACUUGCAUUUGUUUACCUUCAUUUGUUAUACCUUUAUUAAUUCAUUUUUAUUUUUAAUAUUUGAAGCUUCAAAUCUUAUUACUUAUAACAAGUAUGCAUUGCUUAAUGAUGAGGACUUUUCGAAAUAUCUGAUGUUUUUCUUAUUUAAUACAGGGAUAUUUUUAACGUCUACCAAAUAAAAAAAAAAACAUUUCAGGUAAAUAGUUUAAAACUCGGACAUUAAUUAAUUGACGUUCUCCUUACAUGUUUAACUGCGACAAAAAUGUAUUCAUAUUUCUUUUAAGUCUUAUUUCUAUUGUCUGAGAGCAGAAAUUGACACAGUUUUUACAGAACAGACUCACAAAGCUUGGAAAAAGUACAUUUUAAACUAUGAAUAAAGUCGUUUGAAAUUCGGGUGUAUAUAUAUUUACUUGUGCCUGUGUCAAGAGUUGCGAACGUUGACCUUUGACCUUUCUAUGUACCAUCGAAGAGUUUCUUUGACAUUUGAGCUAUUCUGAACUUUGUACCUCGUCCCGUAUCAACAGUUUUACUUACAUAUCUUACCUGAAAUGGUUUGGUGGAAGUUGAUAAAUUGUGCAUGUAUUUUCCUUAGUUGGUUCUCAAAGAAUUCCAUUCCAUGCAGGUUCUAGAUAGUUUGAAGUGUUUGCCUAUGAACUUAUUUUAUUUUAUGUACAAUGUUUAAAUAUGAAUGCGAUUUUAGAUAUGUUUUCUUAGUGAUUAUCAUGUAAUUUAAGGUCUGCACAAUUUUACGUAAUAGAAGGCAGUGCUUGAAUUAAGAUGCGGUAAACGUUUUAUUUGCAUGUCUGUACAUGUUACCGUCAGAAAAUAAAGAA